AUGCGCCCUGAAACCAACGGCUGCCAACGUCGAAAUGUCCCUAGGUUCAUGCUUAUCGGCGCAGGCCCCUUCGCUCAGAAGACAUACAUUCCGUAUCUCAAGUCUCUGGAAGAAGAUGGCCGCGCCCGUCUGAUGGCCGUUGUAGAGGUCCACGGGAUGGAAGAGACAGUACGCGAAGUCACUCACCACGACUUCCCGGAUAUCCACUCCCUUUUCGUCCCGGCCUUUACGGCAUCCAUCCCAAGGGUUACAUAUAACAGACUAUCCGAGGUUGUUGCUCAGCUCCACAUCGACUGCGUCAUCAUCAGUACAGAGCCGCUGGCACAUACGGCGUACGGACUGUGGGCGUUGCAGCAGGGGCUGAACGUGAUCAUGGACAAGCCAAUCUCCACGCGAAAAGGUGCCUGUACAGACCCAAAUGCAGCACUCGGGAUAGCCGACGAUUACAAGAACCUCCUAUCAGCCUACGAGAAGCUCCAACAGCGCAAACGGACGUGCUAUCUCGUCCAAAGUCACCGCCGGUACCACCCUGGGUUCCACUUCCUCCUCCACAAGAUCCGCCAGCUCCAGAAAUCAACGCUGUGUCCCAUCACCAGCCUGAAUUCCAGCCACUGCGACGGCAUGUGGCGAAUGCCGCAUGAGAUCGUGGGCCAGGAAUACCACACGUUCAAGAACGGCUACGGCAAACUCUCCCACAGCGGCUACCACCUCCUCGACGUCUCCUCCAAGUUCAUGCGGUCGAGCUGGGGCGGAGGGCAGGACCCUACGAAAAUCCCAAACAAACUCGAAGUUAUCAGCAGUUUCAUCACCCCCGGCGGGUUCUACACGGCGCUGAACCGGUCAGACUACGAACGUAUCUUUGGGGUGGAAUACGUGCGCCGCCAGGAUUACUCCGACGAUGAGCUCUGGCGGCUUAUGGAUGGCAUGGGAGAGAUCGACUGUGGCAUUCUGAUGACGGCGUACCAUGAUGACCGCCCAAUCUGCCUUGUUCAGCUUAAUCUGCUGCACACGGGGUUUUCGCGUCGCAGCUCCGUGCAAACAGGGUCCGAUCUGUACCGGGGCGUCGGGCGUGUGAAGCACGAGUCGCACGAUAUAAAGUGCGGGCCGUUCCAGACCAUAGUCGCUGAGUCGAGAAAGUCCUCAGACAAGGGCGUGUCUAGUCACCUGCCCAGCUCGUCCAUUGGAGGCGAGGACCAUUUUGACGUGAAUAUUUUCCAAAAUAACGGCCUUUUGGGGAAUGAAGACCCGGUUAUCCAGUCGUAUACUAUGGACGACAUUCUGAGGGUGUAUCCGGCCAUGUUGGGGGAUACGUCCGAGAAGGUCAAGCGAGGAGUGCUCGAGGAGUCUCUCGACUUUAUGAGCGGCAAGGUAAACGUUGACGGUCUGGCUUCCAACCUGCCUGAUCAUGCGCUUCCGGCAUAUAUUAUGAGCGCGGCGUAUCUGUCUCACGUUCGGAAAACAAUGGGUCAGAAUCCUGCAGUUACAAUAGAGUUGGAUGAUGAUUGCCAGCAUCUUACCAUAGUUUGA